AUGGAAUCAUUUAAAUUAAAUUAAAUAAAACUAAGUGAUUUUGAAAUUAUGCAAACUCUAGGAACAGGUUCAUUUGGUAGAGUAAGAUUAGCUAAAUAAAAAUCAACAGGGGAAUAUGUAGCUUUAAAAAUGCUUAAAAAAGCUGAGAUAUUGCGGUUAAAAUAAGUAGAUCAUAUUAUAUCAGAAAACACUAUUUUAUCAAAUAUAAAUCAUCCAUUUCUUAUAAAAAUGUUAGGUUUUUGUUAAGAUGAUAGAUUUUUAUAUUUUGUAUUAGAAUAUAUAUAAGGAGGAGAAUUAUUUACUUAUUUAAGAAACAAAGGAAAACUUGAAAAUAAUGAAUCUUUGUUUUACGGUGCACAAGUAGUAUCUAUGUUUGAAUAUUUACAUGGAAUAAAUAUCGUAUAUAGAGAUUUGAAACCAGAAAAUAUACUUAUAGGUGCAAACGGUUAUUUAAAAUUAACAGACUUCGGUUUUGCAAAAUAUUGCGAUUCUCGCACAUAUACAUUAUGUGGAACCCCUGAAUAUUUAGCUCCUGAAAUACUACUUAAUAAAGGACAUGGAAAACCUGUUGAUUGGUGGUGCCUUGGAAUACUUAUAUAUGAAAUGUUAGCAGGAAUUGAUCCUUUUAAUGACGAAGAUCCAAUGGCUAUAUAUUAAAAAAUUUUAAAAGGAAAAGUAAAAUUUCCAAAAAAUUUUGAUAAAAACGCUAAAAGUUUAGUUAAGCAUUUAUUAGUGGCUGAUUUGACUAAAAGAUAUGGGAAUUUAAAAGGAGGAGUUAGUGAUAUCAAAACACAUAGAUGGUUUGGAGAUAUAGAUUGGGAUGCAUUAAAUUAAUAAAAAAUUCAAGCAAUAUAUAAACCUAUAAUUAAAGGUAAAAACGAUACUUAGAAUUAUGGAAGUUAUCCUGAUUCGAUUGAAUUACCAAAGGCUAUAUAAAGCUAAGAUGAUCCUUUUAUUAAUUGGUGAAGAUUUUCCUUUUUAAAUUAAAUAUAUAAAAAAUAAAAAUUUAGAAAAAAAAUUAAAAUAAGAUGUUUUUUAUAUAUAGAAAAUUAAUAUUUUUAAUUUU